AUCCUUAUUGGCAAUAGCCAAACCCAACCUGGCCACCUCCGCUGGGCCUGUCUCUCUCGCUGCACCGAGCCACCGAGGUGAAACAAAAGCGCACCCCGCCGCAACCCAGCCCAACCCACCGCAGCCACCGCUCUGCAAUGGCGGCUCCGCUUCCCCCACUUCUCCUUCUCCUCUCCAUCUCCCCCGCAAUCUUCCUCUCGUAGUGCUGCUCUCAUUCUUCCACCAACCGAAGGUUCUGCGGCCGCGAGAGUGCUGGGGGGCGAACAAUGGAGGCGGCGUGGAGGAAGGCCAAGAGGGCGCUGGGCUCCAGCCUCUGCGUGCACCACCCCGCCGUCGCCGGCGACCGCGAGGACGGCGCCAGCGAGCGCCGCGCCUCGGAUGCGCUCUCCCUCGACACUACCGCGGCGGCGCACGCAUCGACGCCCAACGCGCCGGCGCCGCCGGAGGCCGGCGCGCUGCGGAGGUCCAAGUCCGGAGGCAAGUCCACCAAUAGAAUGUGUGCAAUAUGUUUUGAUUCCAUGAAGCCAGGUCGUGGACAAGCUCUAUUCACUGCUGAAUGUUCUCAUAUGUUUCACUUCCACUGCAUCUCCUCUAGUGUGAAACACGGCAACCAUGUAUGCCCAGUUUGCCGGGCAAAAUGGAAAGAGAUCCCCUUCAAUCGCUCAUUAUCUUCUAUAGUUCCAUGUGGAAGAGGUGGCCAAGCUUGGUUACCCCAGCAAAGUGGCUACAUGGCUCUUCUCCGCCAGGUUCCAAACCAUCAGCAACAAGGUCCAGACUUGGUUACUUCUGAGCCAGCAGACUUCAAUGAUGACAAACCUUUGCAGAAGAUGGAGUCUGCUAAUAUUGGAUCUAGUAGAACUGUGGAAAUUAAGACAUAUUCAGAGUUUUCAGCUAUUCAACAGUCAUCUCAAGAUGACUUUGCUGUUCUGAUCCAUCUGAAAGCCCCAUAUGCUAACCCAGAGCAGGUCACAAGCAGAUCGGUCAAUGCAACCUCAAUUGCUACAUCCCGUGCCCCUGUUGAUCUUGUUUCUGUGCUUGAUGUUAGUGGAAGUAUGGCAGGCACUAAACUUGCACUCUUGAAGCGAGCCAUGGGUUUUGUUAUACAUCAUCUUGGUCCAUCGGAUCGCCUUUCAGUCAUUGCUUUCUCUUCUACUGCAAGAAGGUUGUUCCAUCUCCGACGGAUGUCACAUUCUGGCCGGCAGCAGGCCCUGCAGGCUGUCAACUCACUUGGCGCUAGUGGUGGCACAAACAUUGCUGAUGCACUAAAGAAAGCUGCCAAGGUUAUUGAGGACCGAAGCCAUCAAAAUCCAGUAUGCAGCAUCAUUCUCUUGUCUGAUGGCCAAGAUACAUACAAUAUUCUCUCAGAUAUUAGGGGUGUCCGGCCAGAUUAUAGUUCACUAGUUCCACCCUCCAUUCUAAAUCACACAUUUCGCCUAGUGCCUGUGCAUGGAUUUGGUUUUGGAAUAGACCAUGAUUCAGAUGCUUUGCAUUCGAUCGCAGAGGCCUCUGGUGGCACAUUCUCCUUUAUCGAGGAUGAAGGUGUGAUCCAGGAUGCAUUUGCUCAGUGUAUAGGUGGGCUUCUCAGCGUGGUUGUUCAAAAUGUGCAAGUAAAUGUGGAGUGUGUCCAUCCUGGUGUCCAGCUCCGCUGCAUCAAAUCUGGUAGUUACCUGAGUAAGGUGUCUGCAGAUAGGCAGAAUGGUUCAGUUGAUGUUGGUCAUCUCUACGCCGACGAGGAAAGGGACUUCCUGCUGUCGGUGAGCUUACCGCAUUGCUGUGAACAGACCACACUUUUGAAAGUUGCUUGUGCCUACAGAGAUUCAUUGACCAAUGAAGAGAUCAAAAUUCAAGGUGAUGAGGUAACAAUCUUGAGGCCUAAAUCGCCCGUACCCGAGCCAGUCUGCAUGGAGGUUGACCGUGAGAGGAACCGUGUCCGUGCCGCUGAUGCUAUCGAGGCUGCAAGGGAUGCUGCUGAGAGAGGUGAUCUUUCCGAUGCCGUGUCAAUUCUUGAGGAUUGCCGGAGGAUACUUUCAGAAUCUUUUUCAAGCCGGAGUGGGGACCGGCUCUGCAAUGCCCUUGAUGCAGAGCUGAGGGAAAUGCAAGAGAGGAUGGCUAACCGGCAACGCUAUGAGGCUUCGGGGCGGGCAUAUCUGCUGUCUGGCCUUAGCUCACAUUCAUGGCAGAGAGCCACUGCACGAGGCGACUCCACUGACAGUGAUACACUUGUUUACUCCUACCAGACACCAUCCAUGGUUCACAUGCUACAGCGCUCACAGAACCAGGGCCCAUCACAGGUCCAACAACCUAGGAUCUUGGUGGAGCCCCAUCCAAGGUAGAAGGUAACUCAGUAAUCCAUCGCUAUCUUGCGAAGCAAGCGCACAGAUGUUGGUGAAGAGAUUCAGUUCGUAUGGCUGCUUAGUAGGUCGUAGCGUAGUUCUCUAGCACCUUUAUUUUGCUUUUUCUUGUUUGAGUCAUGGUGGUGGUAUACCGGAGGCGGUGAGGCGGGAUUGGAAGUAAAUAUCAUCUGUAGGGGCGUAUACUGGGGAGGUAAGGUGGUGCUUUGGUGGUAAAUACAUUGUGGGGGGUAUACUCCUGUAGUGUUAAGAAAUAAGUAGAGUAGAAGAGGAGGGCCUGGAGAAAUUGUGCAAUAGCUUUAACGGGUUGGAGCUAAGGUAGUUUAGUGUAGGUCAGUUCAUUGUAGAUAAGACAUAAGAGGGUCUGAUCUUGGGACGGUAUACCAUGAAAUCUCUGGGAUUUUUUGAUGUGUUGGGUCCGGGAGGUGUGUUUCGACCUGCAACUUGUAUUCCAUGUGUUCGUGCUUGUUGCAUUGGCUGAAGUUGGACUGGAAUUUGAUAUGGUUCUGCGCGUUGGCUGAAGUAAUGAGUUUACAUGUAUUCUUAUCCCUCCAAUUGAUUGAACGUUAAUAAAGAACAGUGCUAGUAGACAAUGUAUGAUUGUAUUAAUAAAGUAACAUCAGUUGUAAAGUGUA